GUUGUUCCUACAUAAGUGUUUUACAAUAAAACAAAUUCACGAGCGCCUCUGAAGGUCUGUCAGACCAUUUAGCAAAACUGGCUCUGCUCUCUCGUCUAGAUGCACGUUGUCAUACUUCAUGCAUUUCGGUUCAGUGACUUUUCCCACACUAGAUAACUGCUAUAGUCUAUUUAUAUACAUGCGCCUUAGUCUUCCUUCGACAUAGAAGAACGAAAACGCAACGAACGUGCAUGUAAGUACGAGCAAAGCGUUUGCAUCGCAUGUUUCCACUAUGAGUGUGUCUGGACCAGCUAAUGUACAGUACGGUCACGUGACGGAUAACAAGCUAAGCCGUAAAUCGCUUUUAGGAAGAACCGCGAGUCCAUAAGAGAAUUUUCCUGCUGCAACACACACGAAAUUAUAGUUGGUUGAGAUGGACGUGUCUGGCCACAGUCUGUUCCUUCUGCAGCAGUUGAACGUCCAAAGGGAGUUUGGCUUUCUGUGUGACUGCACUGUUGCCAUUGGUAACGUAUACUUCAAGGCUCAUCGUGCAGUCCUUGCUGCCUUCUCAAACUACUUCAAAAUGAUCUUCAUCCACCAGUCCAGUGAGUGCAUUAAGAUCCAGCCCACAGAUAUUCAACCAGAUGUCUUCAGCUACCUUUUACACAUCAUGUACACAGGCAUGGGUCCCAAACAACCCGUAGACCAGGGCAGACUUCAAGAAGGUAUCAAGUUCCUCCAUGCAUACCAGCUCUGCCACAAAACAGGUGAGGGUGGCCCUGAUGCAUCCUCUGAACCCCUCCGUAUGUCCAACCUGUAUGGCAUCCAGAUCUCUUCACAGUUGGCCAGUAAAGAGAACUCGGGCCUGAAGGCUGGUGGUUCACGGGACCCUGAGGAUGGCCGCUCCAGCACUAGGGCUGAUCGCACACAUGGCCGUUUAGCUCUCGCUGUAGGGCUGGAGGGCAUUACAUCUGAACGACAGCCUCAAAGCUUCCGCGCCGCAUCCUCAGUGGCCUCGGGGGAUGACUCUGACAUUUCGGCACGGAUAAAACAGGAAAGAGCAGAGGAGGAAGAACAAGAAGGUGACAAAGAGCCUUGCUCUCUCUCCCCAGCUCAGGUGAGCCCCUGUCAAGCAGGUCUAUUUAAAGAUGGCCCUCUAGCGCUUUUAUGCCCUCGGUGCGGUGAACGCUGUCUGUCACCUGAAGGCCUACAAGAGCACCUAUUUACCCACGCAGCCUGUGCCCUCGAGCCUAGUGGUCUAAUGGAAGGCCCUUCAGAGGACAAAACCAGGGAGCACAAGUCCCUAGAGGAGAGGCCUCCUCACAAUGAGCGCAUAGACUCUGGCAGUCUGGAGGAGGCCUUACGGCAGAGUCAGGCCCUGGCAGAUGAGCUUGCCGUGGAACUCAGACAAGGUAGUGGGACUGGAUGGAGCGGCAGCCCGUUGGCAGCCUUCACACGAAAACGAAAGAUGGCCUGUGCCGUCUGCAACCUUCGCUUCUCGCAGAAGAGCCAGCUGCAGGAGCACAUGUUCGCACAUGUGGGCAAGCCACUGCGAUACCAUCGCUACAGCCGCUUCUGCGGGCAGCUGCUCCAUGGCUGUGAGGGCCAGCCAGAUAUUACCACAACCACAGGAGAGGAGGCAGCCAAGGACACUCAGGAUAACGGCAGCUCCUGCUACUCACUGGACUCUGAGGUCUCUCAGGAGAGUGUGGACGCAGUGACUGUAGAAUGAUGUAGUGUUUGACAUAUAUUCAUGCAAACACACAAUGACUGUUAAAGGAAUAUCUGGAUUUAGUACAAGUUAAGCUCAGUCAACAACAUUUGUUGAUUACAACAAAAAUUAAUUUCCACCUGUCCCUCCUUUUCUUUUUCUUUAAAAAAAGAGCAAAAAUAUGUUACAGUGAGGAAUUUACAGUAGGAGUGAAUGGGCAUAAUCCAUACAUGUAAAAAAAACUCACUGGUUUAAUAAGACAUAAACAAAAUAUGUUAACAUGAUUUUAAUUUGGGGAAAAAAUAUCUUACCUUUUCUGUGUAAAGUUGUAUCUAAUUUUACAAAUUCCAUGACAUAAAACAUAAAGCCUAUGGUGUGGAACUUCAGUUUUUACACAUAAGCUGGAGUAUGCAUACAGUGCUUGUGAGUGUGACAUACAUAAUUUUUAACAGAAUAAUGUAUAUGUUUUUUAAAGAAUCAUGUUUCUGCUUUUAAUUCCUCCAGAAUUGGUCCCCAUUCUAUUACAUUCCAGUAUCGCGGUUUUUGCUUUUUAAAAUUGUCAAAAUUGCUUUGUGUUAACAUUAUUCUUUAAAUUAUGUUGAUUGAGCUGAACUUCUAUUAAACCCCAAAUUUUCCUUUAACAAAUUUAGUUUUCUGCCUCAGCACUUCUGUCCUGUCACAAAAGUCCUUGUCAAUGUUAAAAAAUGAGAAUUUUGGGUUGCACUUUAUUUUACAGUCUGGUACUAACUUGUAUUUAUAGUGUACGUACAGUGUAUUUAUCUACGAAAGUUCUGGUAACACAAGGUACAGUAACUACAUGGGGUAGGGUUAGGUUUAGGGGUAGGUUCAGGGUUAGUACCUAGUUAUUACAUAGUUAUUGUAAUUACUGUAAUAAGUACAUAGUAUGUACAUGAGGAACAGGACUGUAAAAUAAAGUACUACCUAAUUUUGUUUAAAACUUAGUGUUGAUGAUUGUAGUGUUGUUGUAUAAUGAUGUUGCUGACUCUUGGGUGACUGAACACUUUUGGAUCAAUUAUAUAUUAAAAAUAAGGAUAAGAUUGACAAGCAUGUGCGUGUGAAACUCAAAUAGCACUUUUAAGUGCCACAUUUGACCACAAUCAAAAUAUUUAUUUUCAGAGGCCUGCCUAAGAUAAUAAUAUGAUUAUUUUUGACCUAAUGAGUGAAACUGAGCAUAUAUUCUAAAAAAUUUCUUCCCUAAAUGGAAUUUACUAUCCAAAACUGGUUCAGUGCCUUAGAAUAUUUUUGCCAAACAUUUCUGUAAAGAAAAACACUAUUGCUCAGCCAGUUGAACCAAAUCCAGCAGUCUUUCAUUUUUCAAGUUAACAGUGAACAGUGCCUAUUUGUGCAAAGUUGUCCAAGACGUCUACACAAUCAGAAUAAUCUAUCAAAUGAAUGUGUGCAACUGGUGCUUUUCUAAAAGCUUUUUGAUAUGUUGAAAGACUUUCACAAACACAAGAGUAUAAUACAAGUUUGCUAACAGUCUUACUACAUAAAUUGAGACAUAACUAGAGAGAUGGGACAAUGCCACUGUAAAUGUCUAAUAUACCACUUCCUGACAAACAAAGCAAUGGCACAUUCAGUCAUGUUUCAAAAGCAGACAGGUCAUUUUCAAAAGCUGAGACAUGACAAAAUGUUUUAUUUAGAAUGAUCGAUCAAUUUCAAGACAUCACUGAUGGUAUACAUGGUUUCUUUGUGCUGUAUUCGAACUGUCAAAGCACCACUUUUUGCAGUUAUAUCCGUUGAAUAAUUGAGGCUGGUGUACUGUGAUGAGUAUAUUAAAUCAGCAAAACUUGCAUUCGUGUUAUUUGUGUGAUGUGUGUAGUGUAUUUAAAUAGUCCCUUUCGAUUUCAUUCAUUAUCAUCACUCCGUGCCACUGUGUGAUAAUGUGUUUGGGUAUUUUUUUUAAUAAAUGGCACAUUGAAUAAACUGUGUUUUAUAAUGCA